AAGAGACCGAAACAUUACUCUGCCUUGUUCAAAACUUAUCUCUCUCGCUCUGUCUCUCACACUCACAACCCAAUGGACUCUCUAACUCUCUUCUGUACUGCGGCGCUAAUCGCCGGCGGACUCUUUUGGUUCGUAUGCAUUCUGGGUCCCGCCGAACAGAAGGGCAAGCGAGCCGUCGAUCUAUCGGGCGGCUCAAUCUCGGCCGAGAAAGUUCGAGACAAUUACAAUCAAUACUGGUCCUUCUUUCGCCGCCCCAAAGAGAUCGAAACCGCCGAGAAAGUGCCCGACUUCGUCGACACGUUCUACAAUCUCGUCACCGACAUAUACGAGUGGGGUUGGGGCCAGUCCUUCCACUUUUCCCCUUCUAUCCCCGGCAAGUCCAACCUUGACGCCACGCGCAUCCACGAGGAGAUGGCCGUGGAUCUCAUCGACGUCAAACCCGGUGACCGAAUUCUGGAUGUCGGAUGCGGUGUCGGAGGGCCCAUGCGCGCCAUCGCCGCCCACUCGCGCGCCAAGGUCGUGGGCAUCACGAUCAACGAGUACCAAGUGAAGCGCGCGCGCCUGCACAACAAGAAGGCCGGCCUGGAUUCGCUCUGCGAGGUCGUGUGCGGGAACUUCCUGGAGAUGCCGUUCCCGGACAACAGCUUUGACGGCGCGUACUCGAUCGAAGCGACUUGCCACGCGCCGAAGCUGGAGGAGGUGUACGCCGAGAUCUUUAGGGUUUUGAAGCCCGGAUCUCUGUACGUGUCAUACGAGUGGGUGACGACGGACAAGUACGAGGGCAAUAACUCCGAACACGUGGAGAUCAUCCAAGGGAUCGAGAGAGGGGAUGCUUUGCCUGGCCUUAGAAGCUACGUGGACAUCGCCGAGGCGGCCAAGAAGGUUGGGUUCGAGGUGGUCAAGGAGCGAGAUCUGGCUAGGCCACCGGCUCAGCCGUGGUGGGCGAGGUUGAAGAUGGGGAGGAUCGCCUACUGGCGGAACCACAUUCUGGUGACUAUCCUCUCCGCCUUGGGAAUCGCGCCGAAAGGGACGGUCGAUGUGCACGAGAUGCUGUUCGUGACCGCUGACCAUUUGACCAGAGGGGGUGAGACCGGAAUUUUCACACCGAUGCACAUGAUCCUCUGCAGAAAGCCCGAGUCUACCGAAUCGUCUUAAGCCAACCAACAGUUGAUGAGGUAACCACCUCAGGCCCCUGCGUUCCAUGUGCCCAACCGCCUGUUACUUUUAGUUUUUGCUUAGGUUUUUGCCCCUUUUUUCUUUUUUUUUUUUCUUUCCCCUAAUUUCAAUUUACUAUGAUCUUUGUAUUUUUGUUUCGGAAUUUAAAUUAAAUCUCGUGGUUGGAUCUUGCUUUCUA